AAACUGGCCAGCCUUCUGUUAUUGUACCCAACCUUGGCUCAAACUUUGACAGCUCGUGCCCAUCUCUUGAAGCAGGAAAUGAUGAAGAUAUUAGAAGAGAGGGGAACAACUCCAAAAAACAAUCCUUAUCCCCCGAUUCUAAAGUUAUCAGUGUUCAAGAGAAACCAAUUCCGGACAGCUCACGUGAAGAAGAUGUGGUUGAUUCACAUCAUAAAGUCUUUCGAGGAACCACAUUAGAGCAUUCAUCCUCCAUGGCAACUGAUCGAAGCCUCCAUGAGCGUUUUGCUCAAACAGCUGACUUAUCACUACAUGACCCACUCAGAGACAUUCAUCUGUCAGCAGAUGUUGAGAUGCAACCAAUGGAAGUAAGUGACGCACACAACUUAAACCUGCCAGUCGGCCAAGGACGACAGAGAACCCCCGUCACUGACC